AUGAAGGGCACGUCGAUCUUCAACUUCCGGUCUUGGUCCAGAAUCCAUCCCCCGUUGCCGCGGACCCCUCGGGAGUCUCAGCAACUCCUCAAUGCCCUUACGUCCUCCUUCCGUCGCCAACUUGACCAUGAGUACCCUUCCACCUCCUCUUCCGAUCGAGAGAAGCCUGUCCCCGGAGACCGAUCGCGGGGAAACCCCGACUCGUCCGUCCACGCGACCGACCGCCACUUGCGCGCCAUCUUAGACAAUCCUCUCUUUCGAGUGGUCCCCUCCAAGCCGUCCAGCCCAGCCCUACGCCGUGACCCUUCCGGCAUGGGGAGUAUUGAACAACAGAGACUGGCAAAGGAGCCUAUGGUAGUUUUCGAUGAGCUUGUGGCAUCCGGUUCCGUCACCGUCUCCGACCUUCGCAAUUGUCUCAAGUCGCAGCUCUUACUCGCAAGCCCUCACACUGGGACCGGCUUUGUCAAGGCCAUGAAGGAUUCCAAAGCGGGCACUAAGGUCGUCACCUGGUGGUUUGCAUCGGACUCAGAGACAAGGAAGAUUCUCUUCAAAUCACGCGCAUCGACCGCCUCUCUGCUCAAGUUCAUGGUCGCCGAGGGCUUGCAGGAGACAGUGAUAGUAUGGCUGAAGAUGCUGGCGAAGCACGAUAUUGGCGGUCGCCGAGGUCGACUACCCGAGAACAUUGCGCACCAAGUCUUCAGUAAUCUUCUGGUCGAUCUUAUCAGUGCGGAAACGCAGUAUGGAGGCGGAUUAGCUUCGGCGAUGCGGUAUUAUAUCCAGACGUGUGAAGCCUAUUUGACUACGGGGAAUGAACGGGCCAACCAACAGAUGCUGCUACCUGCGGCCUCUCACCUCUGUCAAUCGGUCAUGCAGAAUGCGCAGACUCAGACCAAAGAGGUCCCUGUCUCGAUGUAUGAUAAUUUCGUCAAGACCCUCUCCGUCCUCGCUCCGACAUCCGAUCUACUAGCGACGGCGCCCAUCUACCACCCGACCCGGCCGGACGUUAGACCUCUCCUUGAUUUUGUGGACGCGCUGCCGUCCUCCGAACGCCUGGAGUCUUGGUCCGAGAGCCGGAGGGAGAACUUCUUACGGGCCGCCUUUGACGGCCUUCGAGUGCUCAUUGAUCGGGAGAAACUCUGGGAUGCCGCAUAUCUAGCGCGAUUCAUCCAGGAGCAACUUCCCGGCAAGACAGACCCGACGGCGGCAUCUGAAAACGGCCACCUGACUUCGGCAGAGGAACAGGAACUACUGGCUCAGACCGUCGACGCCUCUCGGGGUGAUGUCAAUAAACAACCCACUGAUGACAUCACCAACCAGUCCAACGGGGAUAGCGCCAUAGCCAAGGCCACAGACGGGAACCACCCUCUCGAAGAACAAAAGUCGAGCGAGGACGAUAAGCCUGUUGAGGGGCCACAGCCCACCGGCCCGUCUCAUGCUCCUGAGGCGACUGAAACACAACCCUCUUCUGCCGAUGAGAAGAAAGACGAAACCAACGCUGGCGAUAAACGAGAGCUUGAAGCAACCGCUACUUCUACUGGUUCCGACAACCCCAGCGUACCUGAACCAGCUACAAAGAAGCAAAAGACUGAUGAGAAGGAGGAGGCUGCGUCAACGAAUGGAGUGGAGGCCCCAGUUGAACCCGCCGCUGCCAAUGGAGAGAAGAAGAAGGCCGGUCGUCCCAAGAAGAGCAGGGAAACCGUGAGGAAGGCCAUUCCGACUGAUGGAGUGGGAAGUCGCACUCGUAGUCGGACCAAGGUAUUGACCUUCCACAAGCUUUCACAUAUCUUUUGCCUGUUCAUCUUCUCUGUCCAACCUCAAUUGUCCUUCAACAAAAUGCCAUCGAAUAAGAUCUGGCUGCGUGCUGAAACCAAGCCCGCGGAGGCUCGUUCUGCUUUGACGCCGACAACCGCCAAGGCGCUCAUUGAUGCUGGUUAUGACGUGACUGUGGAACGCUCGAAGCAGCGAAUCUUCGAAGAUGAUGAAUUCCCCAAGAUCGGAGCUAAGCUGGUCGAAGAAGGCUCGUGGGUGAAGGAUGCCCCCAAGGACGCCUUCAUCCUGGGUCUCAAGGAGCUCCCCGAGGAUGACUUCCCCCUUGAGCAUGUUCAUAUCUCCUUUGCGCAUUGUUACAAGCAACAAGGUGGUUGGGAGAAGGUUCUGAGCCGCUGGCCCCGUGGUGGUGGUACUCUUCUCGAUCUUGAGUUCCUCACGGACGAUGCCGGACGGAGAGUCGCUGCCUUCGGAUAUUCUGCUGGUUAUGCGGGUUCCGCAUUGGCCGUCAAGAACUGGGCUUGGCAGCUGACGCACCCUGAGGGCGAGCCUCUCCCCGGUGAGGUGCCUUACGCCAACCAGGAUCUGCUCAUCCAGUCGGUGAAGGAAUCCCUGGAAGCGGGUAAGAAGGCGUCUGGCCGCUCGCCCAAGGUCCUUGUCAUUGGCGCUCUCGGACGCUGCGGCAAGGGUGCUGUUCAGUUGGCCAAGGAUGUCGGCAUUCCCGAGUCCGACAUCAUCCAGUGGGAUAUGGAGGAGACCAAGAAGGGCGGCCCCUUCAGGGAAAUCAUCGAAGACGCAGACAUCUUCGUCAACUGCAUAUACCUUUCCUCCCCCAUUCCGCCUUUCCUCAAUGGCGAGACCCUCUCUUCUCCCAACCGUCGUCUGUCCGUCAUUUGCGACGUGAGCGCCGAUACCACCAACCCCCACAACCCUAUUCCCGUGUACACUGUUACCACUACCUUCGACCGGCCCACCGUGCCUGUCAUCCUGCCCGCCGGCACCCAGGGCCCCCCUCUGAGUGUGAUCAGCAUUGACCACCUGCCCUCUCUUCUGCCUCGGGAGAGCUCUGAGAUGUUCAGCGAGGCACUUCUGCCCAGCUUGUUGCAGCUGAAGGACUGGCAGAACGCUCGCGUGUGGAAGCAGGCCGAGGAUCUGUUCAAGGAGAAGGUUGCCACUCUGCCGGAGUCGAUGCGCUCAUAG